ACUCAGACUGCAAUCCUCAAAACCCUAGAAACAGCAGACUCUCACCAUCCGCGGAUUAAGUACUUCGGUGCUGUUUAUUGCUUCGUCUCUGACCAUGGCUGAUGUGGAAGCCCAUGUCGCUGCAUCAGGGGUGCCGAAGAAGAGAACAUUCAAGAAGUUCAGUUUCAGAGGUGUUGAUCUCGACGCUCUCUUGGACAUGUCCACUGAUGAGCUCGUCAAACUCUUUCCCGCUCGUGCUCGCCGAAGGUUUCAGAGAGGUUUGAAGAGGAAGCCAAUGGCUCUGAUAAAGAAAUUGCGCAAGGCCAAACGAGAGGCUCCACCUGGUGAGAAACCCGAGCCUGUUAGAACACAUCUCCGCAACAUGAUUAUAGUUCCCGAAAUGAUUGGUAGUAUAAUUGGUGUUUACAAUGGAAAGACUUUCAAUCAAGUGGAAAUCAAGCCCGAAAUGAUUAGCCAUUACUUGGCUGAAUUCUCAAUUUCGUACAAGCCCGUCAAGCACGGAAGGCCUGGUAUCGGUGCCACCCAUUCAUCCAGGUUUAUUCCUCUCAAGUGAAGAUUCUGCAUGUACCUUAUUGUUUGUUAUUGAGUUUUGGUCACCGUAUCUAGUGCUGCCUGCUUGUCCUACAAUGAGUACUCAAAAGUUAGAACAGAACUUAGUUAAAAGCUAUCCGUUUCUUUAGCCAUAUCUGCUGUAGUGAACUAGUAGUAACCAAUGAACGCUUUUGCUUCUUGAAUUAGAAAUAUUUUAUCUUCAUCUAGUGAUGAGAUCAGUAUUUGGAUUCCCCUCCUUUUGAUGA